GCCAAGAGGAGGGGCGGGACCUGCGGCGCGAACGGGGCAGCGGCGGAAGAUGGCUGCGGUCGUGGCCACGGAUACACAGCUGAUGCUUGGAGUCGGGCUGAUCGAAAAGGACACUAAUGGAGAAGUUCUGUGGGUGUGGUGUUAUCCUUCCACCACAGCCUCAUUAAGGAAUCUGCUGCUUCGAAAAUGCUGCCUAACAGAUGAAAACAAACUUCUCCACCCCUUUGUCUUUGGCCAGUACAGAAGAACGUGGUUUUAUAUCACUACAGUUGAAGUCCCAGAUGCUUCAAUUUUGAAAAAGGUGACUCAUUUUUCUAUUGUUCUGACGACCAAAGAUUUUAACCCAGAGAAAUAUGCCGCCUUCACUAGGAUAUUGUGUAGAAUAUAUCUGAAACAUGGAAGCCCAGUUAAAAUGAUGGAGAGUUACAUUGCAGUUCUUACCAAGGGGAUCUGCCAGAGUGAAGAAAAUGGCUCUUUCUUUAGCAGAGACUAUGAUAGUCGAAAGGCAUAUCUUGCAGGCUCCAUCAAAGACAUUGUUUCUCAAUUUGGAAUGGAAACUGUUAUCUUACACACAGCAUUGAUGUUGAAAAAACGAAUUGUUGUUUAUCACCCCAAAAUAGAAGCUGUCCAGGAGUUUACCAGGACUCUGCCUGCCCUGGUGUGGCAUCGACAGGACUGGACCAUCCUGCAUUCUUACGUGCACCUCCAUGCUGAAGAACUGGAAGGCCUGCAGAUGUGCACAGGCUACAUUGCUGGCUUUGUAGAACUGGAGGUGAGCAACAGACCAGACCUCUACGAUGUGUUUGUGAAUCUGGCGGAUAGUGAGAUCACCAUUGCUCCACUCGCAAAAGAGGCCAUGACAAUGGGCAAACUGCAUAAAGAAAUUGGUCAGCUAAUUGUGCAGUCUGCAGAAGACCCAGAGAAGUCAGACAGCCAGGUGAUACAGGAUAUUGCUCUAAAAACAAAAGAAAUCUUCACCAAUCUAGCACCAUUUUCAGAAGUGUCAGAUGACGGGGGGAAAAUUGUCCUCAGUGUUGAGGCACUGAAGCAAAAGCGAUUCCCGCCUGCCACAGAGAACUUCCUUUACCAUCUAGCAGCGGCCGAACAGAUGCUAAAAAUCUGAAUGCCCACAGCAAGCCCCGACAGAACUUCUCUUCAUUCUGAGUACCCACUGGCAUUAUAGAGUAUUGGAGUUACAGAGGAAAUGUUCUAAUUUUAAUGAUUUAUUUCCAAGUAUUGAGAUCUGUCCUGAGAAACAUUUAAAAACAAUUGUGAUUAUUUUUCUCCCUGCCAGUUUGAUCCAGUGCUGGACAGUGUUUUAACAUGUCCUAAUGGUAGGAGCCAUAUGCUGUCCCAGAGUUUAGGAGUUGCACACAGUUCAGCACAUGCACUCCUUCAUUGUGUAUCCCUGUUUGUCUCACUGUAACCAUAAACUUAACGGUUUAUUUUCAGAAAGCUGCCUCGCAGUUUGCUUUUUAUUCUUCUAGAAAAAAACUUGAAUUCCUCAUGAGAGAUUUUUUUUACUUUCUGAGCCAAACUGCUAUAUUUUCUGCAGAAUUACCUAGAAUAUCAUUCAAGAGAUAUUGCAGUUGCACUUUCUUGUAAAAGAAAAUGUUUCUGGGUGGGCCUUUGAAAUUUUUGCCUAUAUUAUGAAGGUUUUUCAUAGAUUUUGUACUAACUGCUGCUGGCAGUGCCUUUGGGAAAAAGAAACCAGUUCCUUUAACAGAGGAGACCGUUUUAAAUAUUAGAAACAACACCACACCUUUGUUUUUUUUUUUUUUGUUUUUGUUUUGGUUUUGGUUUUUCGAGACAGGGUUUCUCUGUGGCUUUGGAGCCUGUCCUGGAACUAGCUCUGUAGACCAGGCUGGUCUCGAACUCACAGAGAUCCGCCUGCCUCUGCCUCCCGAGUGCUGGGAUUAAAGGCGUGCGCCACCACCGCCCGGCAACACCUUUGUUUUUUGUUUGCAGUGCUGGAGCUAGAACCUGGGCCUGGCAUGUGCUUUCCCACCAAGCUAAACCCCCAGCCCAUACUGCUUUCAUUAUUAUAAAGGAACUUAAGAAUCAAAUUGCAGAGGCUAAAACCAGAUAGUGUCUUCAGGUGACUUCAGGAAAAGUAAUUUGACCACAUCAUAAAGGACACUGUUUUUGGACCUUCUUUGUUUGUUUGUUUGGUUUUUGUUUUGGGUUUUAUUGUUUGUUUUUGAGACAAGGUUUCUCUGUGUAGCACUGGCUGUAACUCACUGUGGAGGAGACCAGGCUAGCCUCAGACCCAGAGAUGUCUGCCUUCCUCUGCCUCCCGAGUGCUGGGAUUAAAGGCGUGCACCACCAGCACCUUAUUGGACCUUCUUAAUUUGAGACCUUAAAAUUGCCACAUAAUCACAGAUGUCUACAUUAUGCAUUCCAGUGUCUACUCACGUUAGUUAUGAAAGGCUACUUUCCUUCAGUACAGUUGCAGAACCUUCAAACCUUACCAGGAAACACAUUUGCAAAAACUUUAUCUAAGUUGGGUCUUUUUGCUGGGCAUAGUGAUACAUAUCUUCAGCAGUUGGUAGGCUGAGGCAGGAGGGUCUUUGUGAGUUUGAAGCUAGCCUGGUCUACAAAGUAAGUUCCAGAACAGCCAGGCUGUUACACAUAGAAACCCUGUAUCAAAAAAAAACAAAACAAAAAGUUGGGUCUUUUUAAAAAUUUGACAUUUAAGUAAAAACAAAAAAUAGCCUUUCCCUCUUUUUCUUGGGUUGGAACAGAGAGGACCUGAAAUAAGUUGUUUACAGGAUUUAACAAUUGAAGAUUAAAUCUGCACUUUAUGAAAAGAACUGCUGAUGUCUUUAUUUUCUCUGUUUUCUUGCAAAAAUUACAAAAUUCAAAAUUACAAAAUUAUGAUGCAAUGACUUCCCAGGGAAGGCCUUACCCUCUCUGAGGAGCAGAUGGCGGAGGGAGAAGGUGGGGGGAGCGGGUAGAGAGGAGGGAGGGAGAACUGGGAUUGGUAUGUAAAAAUAAAUGAAUAAACAA